CAUGUAGGCUUCACUGCAGAGGAAGAGGCAAUGGUGAGGCCACGGCCGGCUCUCGCGAUCGACCUCCGCCUCCUCCUACUCCUGAUGGCCGGCUUCGCCGUGCAGGCCGACGAGACGGUCGGCGGAGGCCGCGUCGUGGGCGUGGACGGGACACGGUUCGUGGUGGACGGCAGCGGCACCAUCUACUUCAGCGGGUUCAACGCGUACUGGCUCAUGCUGAUGGCGUCGGACCCGUCGCGGAGGGGCAAGGUGGUGGCGGCGUUCCGGCAGGCGUCCGCGCACGGGCUCAACCUCGCGCGGACCUGGGCGUUCAGCGACGGCGGCGACAGCCCGCUGCAGUCGUCGCCGGGCGUCUACGACGAGGCCAUGUUCCAGGGGCUGGACUUUGUGAUCGCCGGAGCGAGGCGGCACGGCAUCUACCUCCUCCUCUGCCUGACCAACAACUUCGAGGACUUCGGCGGCAAGCGGCAGUACGUCCGCUGGGCGAGGGAGGCUGGCAACCACCUCGCCACCGCCGACGACUUCUUCACCAGUACGGUCGUCAAAGACUACUACAAGAACCACGUCAUGACGGUGCUGACGAGGGUGAACACCCUGACCGGGGUGGCGUACAAGGAUGACCCUACCAUCUUCGGCUGGGAGCUCAUGAACGAGCCGCGAUGCGACGCCGACCCUACCGGCGCCAUGGUGCAGGCAUGGGUGGAGGAGAUGGCUCCGUACGUGAAGAGCAUCGACGGCAAGCACCUGGUGACGGCGGGGCUGGAGGGCUUCUACGGCGACGGCGCACACGAGAGCAAGGAACUCAACCCCUGGGGCAUCUACUACGGCACCAACUACAUCGAGACGCACCGCGCGGCGGGCGUCGACUUCGCCACCAUCCACCUCUACCCGGACGUCUGGCUCUGGGGCUCCGACGCCGACGAGCAGACGGCCUUCUUCAGGAACUGGACUCGGUCGCACGUCCGGGACACGGAGCUGUACCUCGGGAAGCCGCUGGUCGUCACCGAGUACGGCAAGUUCCUGUGGGAGGGCGUCGCGAACCGGACGCAGCGGAACUACUUCCUGGGCAUGGUGCUCGACUCCAUCUACGCCUCGGCCGUCGACGGCGGGCCGCUCGUCGGCGGCGCGUUCUGGCAGCUGCUCGACGACGGCAUGGACACGCUCAGGGACGGGUACGAGAUCAUACUCCCCGAGGACCGCCGGGAGGCGAGCAUCAUCAGCAGACACUCCCGGCAGCUGGCGGAGCUCAACGGGCAGGACGUCGAGGCGCUUCGCCGGUUGAGGAGCGCACGUCCACAUCGGAAGGCACACGUAGGCAGCUGGAGCAGGACUAGUACUAGUGAUACACCACAGUUCCAUGUACUCUUGGUUCGUUUCAUCUCUUUGUUCAGAUCAGUUUCUUCAUUUUUUUUUAGUAGUGUAUAG